AUGUCAUUUAGGAGAAGAGGCGAGGUACUAAACGGGAGAGAAGGCAGUCCCAGAACGAUACCAGGACGUGUACCAACUGGGGCUCCCAGAAAUGCCAGAAAUGGUAGCCUUCAGUCAUCCAAAAACGAGAUUACCCAUGAUGUGGGGCAUUCACAAGAGAACAGAGUAAAUCCUAUGAGGAGGGGCCUCUUAAGUUCGCCGAUUAAUUCUAUGGCGGCCUUGAACAUUGGUAAUAACCCGAGAACACCAAAUAUUCGUAAUAUAGAAACAUUGGACAUGAACCAUCCCGGGAUAAGACCUUCUCCUGCAAGCUCGCAGCAAACUACGUCAACCGGGAGUUUUGACUUGGAUCGGGUGCUGGGACAUAUGGGGCUCCCUUUGGGAAACUCCAUGAUCAUUAAAGAACAGGGAACCACAGAAUUCAGUGCUGUUCUUUGUAAGCUAUUUGCUGCACAGGGCAUCAUGCAUACCCGGGUCGAGAACUUAUCUUCACGCUCUGACAACACUCAUUUGUGUGUAAUUUCUGCAAAUCAGGGCUUCUCAAAAGAGUUACCGGGUGUGUAUAAAGGUUCCAGUAAAGAUAUUAAGAAAACCAGGAUUGCAGAGGAACAAUCCAAGGUCACCGUUCAGAAUCUUUCGGAACAGGCGGCUCCUACCAGAUACAAUGAUUUGAAAAUUGCCUGGAGAUAUAAGCUGGGAGAUGAGAAUUCGUCUCAGCAACCUAAAGAUAACGAAAGCUCCAUGAUGGAAACUGAAUACAAAGAUUACAAUCAUCAAUUUAACAUUACAAGUCGCAUGGUUCCAGCGCCAACACCAUCUGAGAUUUCUUAUGUGACACCACAUCAACCUACUCAAGGUAUUCUGUCACAACUGGAACAAAUAAUAAAGAAGCACGACAACAAGUUGAUCCGUCUGAUAAUCCCAUCGCUACUCCAUCCUGCAACGUAUCCGCCAACUUCAUUUCGUUUAUCCGGGAUAAUUCCACUCUUGCAUGGUAUAAGAAGCUUGGUUAAGAAGUACGAGAAUAGAUGCGUAUUGCUGGCAACAAUGUCCUCUGACCUCGUAGAUGAUUUUCUCUUGUGUGAGGUUGAGUCUAUGUUUGAUGCGGUAAUAGAUUUGGAACCAUUCAGUCAAGAAAUGUUACAAUUUUUGGAAAAAGCAUAUAAAUCGCAACCAAACAAAGUACAGCAUGGGCUGCUACAUAUUUCCAAACUACCUAUAUUCAGUGAAAGAGGAGAAAUGCAUGAAAUGAGAUCACACUACGCUUUUAAGAAUGGCCGAAAGAAGUUUGCUAUAGAAGAGUGGGACAUACCUGUUGCAGAUGUUGAUGACAGCGAUAAAGAAAAUUCAAGUGCAUUGCCCCACGGACAUGAGCAUGCAAACAAAGGUAUGUGUGAGUCAACUGAAUCCCGCUCAUCCACUAAUAUUUCUAUAGAUUUUUAG